AACCGUCCCUAUAAUAAACAUCCUUUUUCUCCUUUUCUAAUGUAGCGGCCUGGUUCUCCUUUUGUAAAUUCCUGAGGGAGGAUGAUCUGGUGGAGAGAGCUUUUUACAUUAAGAAUGUAAUAAAGGCUUUUCACAUUCGAGGACCGCAAGGCUUUGUGCGAUUUUGCUAGUAGAAAGUAUUUCAACAGUGUCUGUUGGAGACACAGAGAGAGGGCUCACCCUGCUAAGUGCGAAGUGAGCUCCUAUGGUGAGCUCAGAAACCGGAACGAGCACAAGCAAUACAUAUGGAAGUGAGUAUCAGGUGUUCCUGAGUUUUAGAGGACCCGACACUCGUUGUGGAUUCACUAAUUGCCUCUACGUUGUCUUGAAAGACGCCGGGAUUCGUGUUUUCAUCGAUGACGAGGAUCUUCGAUCGGGUGAAAGAAUUAGUGACAAUCUUCUGCGAGCGAUCGAUGAUUCCAAGGUCUACAUACCCGUCUUCUCCAAAAACUAUGCUUCAAGUCACUGGUGCCUUCGAGAGCUGGCGAAGAUGGUGGAGAACACCUCUAAAUCUAAAGCUGGGAAUAAGAAAGUCAUAUUGCCCAUCUUCUACAACGUGGAACCUGAUGACGUGAAGUUGAAAACCAUGUUGUACAACGAAGCCAUAUUGAAUUUGGAGCAGAAGAUAGAGAAUCAGAAGAAGAAGUUCAGCUCCAAGGAUAUAAAGAUGUGGCGGCAGGCUCUCAAAAAAGUUGGCGGCAUUAAGGGAUGGAAGCCGAAUAAUUAUUCAGGCGAUGGGGAACUUAUCCAGGCGGUUGUUGAAGCGGUUGUGGUCAGGCUCGAGACAAGAAAAAGACGAGUGACCAAAGAUUUAGUUGGAAUGGAGGAUCAAAUAGCAGCCAUGAACGAUUUAUUAGACAUUAACUCCGGUGGUGUGUGGCUCAUUGGAAUUUAUGGGAUGGGCGGUAUCGGUAAAACAACCCUCGCCAAGAUUAUCUUCAACCAACUAUGUCCUCACUUUGGGAGAAACUGCUGCUUUCUUGAUGACGUGAGGGAAACGGCAAAAACCAAGGGCUUAGUCAAGCUGCAAAAAAAAUUAUUGUCCCGUAUCUCUUCCUAUAGUGUGGCUCCUAACAUUUCUAACAUUGAUCAUGGGAUCAAUAUGAUUGAAGAAACAAUUUGCAACAAGAAGACGCUAAUUGUAUUGGAUGAUGUUGAUGAGGCCGACCAGAUCCAAUAUCUAAUCGGAGAGAAAACUUUGUAUCCAGGUACUAGAAUACUUGUUACUACUAGGGACCAGAGCGUUCUGAAAACCAGGGGUAAGAAUAAAUUUUGCUGUUAUGAAAUGAUGGGGUUGAGCGACGAGGAUGCACUUAAACUUUUUUGUAGGCAUGCCUUCAAUGACAACUCUCCUGCAGCCAAUUACCACACUCUUUCAGAAAGGAUUGUCUAUACUGCAGAUGGAUUACCUUUAGCUCUUGCAGUAAUAGGUUCAUCGCUUUAUCAGAAAAAGAGAGAAAUAUGGAAAGAGUGGCUAGGGAAGCUAAAGAAAACACCUCAUAAGGAUGUCUUGGCAAAGCUAAGGAUUAGCUAUGAUGCCUUAGAGCCAAAUCAACAAGAGAUAUUCCUCGAUGUUGCAUGCUUUUUCAUUGGUGAGAAUAAGACUAAUCCAAUGUACGUGUGGAAAGAUUGUCAGUUUUGCCCGGAGGAUGCCAUCGAGGUCCUUAGUGAGAGGUGCAUGAUAAAGGUUUUAGGUGGUAAUAGGUUUUGGAUGCACGAUCAGCUUAGAGAUCUUGGAAGGGUAAUUGCCAAAGAAGGGCACACCAGAUUGUGGGAUAAAGAGGACAUCAUUUACGAAUUAAGAUCAACAAAGACCCAGGAAAGCGUUCAGGCACUCCGUUCGAGAAAUCUUGCAACUAUCACUUCGGAGCAAAUAAAGUGGUUCCCACAUUUACGGUUUCUUUGGUUGUCUUGGGAAACCUGCAAAGGUGACUUUACAGGCUGUCUUUCCGAGUUGAAAUGGAUCAGUUUGAGUUUCAGUUAUUCUAUUCGUGGUGGCCCUAGUCAAUGUUUGGAGGCAACCAAUUUGUUGCAUCUAGAAAACGCGGUUGUGGUGAAUCUUACUGGGCUUGAUAUCACGGAAGAUGUGUUCAAGAGCCUAAUCGAGAUUAGAUGGAAUUCAAACUUGCGACUUGCAUUGGAUUGGGAGUUUAUCCAAAUUGAGCAAGCUGCAAUUUGGCUUUUCAAAUGUCCGUGCACCAACUACAGAGUUGGGUUCCCUUUCUCAGCUGAAAGAACUUACUCUACAUGGAGUAGACGUGCCAACUUUUAGACAACUUCCGUCAAAGUUGAUAAUUCUAGAGCUCUAUGACACUCGAGGGAAACAAGUAUGGCUUCCUCCAUCGGAGAAGGAGACUGUAUUCGUUUCAUCAAGUUCGAGACAAUCAGGAGAAAACAAGGCGUUACAGCAACUUGAACUUGAAUUUCCCGAAGACUAUGGAUCGUUAGAGAGGUUGGUUUGUCUGCGGGAGGAGCCGGGGUGCAUUGAGGUACAAGCUCUCGAGUUGAUUGAUCAUUGGAGGGGAGCCUUCCAUUUCCCAAGCUCCCUACAGAAGCUUCAAAAAUUCGUUCUGUGGGGGUGCCCAGGGCUACAGGAUAUUCAAUUUGUUUUUACGUUGGAAUUAUUGUUAGUAUUUUCCGUUGGAAGGUGCACUUCAUUAAAAAGGUUAGGCGAUUUGUCAAACUUGAAGAACUUGAUGGAGUUAACUCUUAAGCGGUGCCCGAGCCUGCAAGUUGUCGAGGGCAUCGAUGAAUUAGAGUUUUUGGAUCAGUUGAAAAUUGAUGGGUGCAGAUCACUGGAAAGGAUUUUGGACGCAUCGAGCUCAAAAAUACCUAAUGGGAGCCAGAUAAACAUAAAAGAUUGUGAGAAGUUACCCAACACUAGUCCAGAUCUUCAUUUCGAAAAUUGGGAGUCUUACAGAGAGAAGAUUCUGAAUGGAACAAAGCAAGCGCCAGACUCCGAAACAGAAACAACGGACUCCGAAACAGAAACAGGGGAUCCCCUGCAGAAAACGAACUGGGAAAAUGAAGAGAAAUAAAGAAAGAGAGAGACAGAGUCAGUCUCAGAUCACGAAUCGAAUCGGGACUAGGCCGAAUGU